ACCUGAAAAACCAGAUGCCUGCGAUUAUGACUCUCAGCUCUCGCGCACCAAGUGAGAAACCUUCACCUCAUCCCCACUUACAUAGAGAGAGCGAGAGAGUGAGUGUCAUCCCUCUUGUUUUCAUUAAACUCGUUGUCCCUCCGUUGUUUUUUGUGAGGGGGGGGGGGGAGAGCUUCCGACAUUGGAUAGGACUUCACUCCUCUCUAGUGGACUAUGCUCCCCUCUGUCCAGUGAGAGAGGGAGGGGGGGGGGGGUUGGUGUGGUGGGGAGACGUGCGCUCCGCAUCCUUCCACCUGGAGAAAGCUCGGGCUGAUAUCACAGUGGAGCGUCGGUGGUUCAUGUUUAAGAUGCAAACUUCAACCGCGUCGCCUGAAAGCAACACAACGUCACCUUCCAGCGUCACCAAAUCCAAAGAGCAAAUCCUCAUCCAGAGUUCUGGUGCUAUGAUUGCCGUCAUCGUCAUCGGUAUCAUUGUCAUUCUCACCAUUCUUCUCCUCAUCCUGAAGACCUACAACAAGCGGACCCACACAUCCCGACUCCUGGGAUCCGUCGGGGGCUCCAAACCUCAUAAGAAAACGUCCCGGUCUACGGUUUCGAUCGUGCCCAUGGCAACCAUCGGAGUCAGCUCCGUGUCAGGCGGCGUCUCCUAUUCGAACCCCGGCACAUCAGAAGGGGCAAGAGCGGAACGGAGCUCUAUAGAGCGGCAACAAGAUUUCAGCACAGCCAGCGGAUCCACGGCGGUUACCAUCCACGAUACGUUGGCAAACAUGUAGCAUCCGCCAAAAAGACUGGCCUGACGCACUUGCCUUUAUAGACUGAAUACUGUGGAAACAUGACCUUGUUGUUGUUGUUAAUCUCAGAUAAAAUGUGAACAAAAAGACACUACAGAAGGGCUUCAGGAAGGAUGUGAACUGAGGCAGCUUUUUGUCAAAAAAGUCAGUGUUUGCACUACCAAUCCUUGGUUGGUUUUAACUGUCUACAUUUCUUCGUUUAAGCUUAUCCAUUAGUAGAGUUAGCAUCACAUUUAAAGAGAUACAACCAUUAUGAAAUAAAAGGAUAACUGGUUGCUCCUGGUUGCCAGUAUGACAACAUUUGUCCCACACUUUAUUACUUGCCUGUGUCCGUUUUUUCCCGAAUUUCUUGUUUAUUUUGUGAAAUAUCCUGAUGCUUCCCAAUUUUGCACUUUUCAUUGUUCUCCAUAUUUGUAGUGUUUGUUAUGUUUAGAUGGCAUUAGAUUAGAUUGGAAUAAAACUAUGUUCUGGCAUGUGGCAUGUUGUUUGAUCUGAUGGUAAUGUUGCUGAUGUGCAGGCCACGUGGGUUCAGUUCCCACUGUGUGAUGGUGCAAAUCCAAGUGUGAAAGGUUGUCUGUCUCUAUAUGUGCAUUGUGAUUGACUGACGACCAUUAGGACAAAGAAAGCUGGGCUAGGCUGCAGCUUCCAGUGACCCUCAACAGGAUUGAGCAGUGUUUUCCAACCAGUGAGCAAAACAUGAUUAUUUAUUAUUAUGGUAGUUGGCCUCCGCAUAGAUACUACUUAUGGAAUAAUAAAGACAUUUGAUACAGAAACAAAUCCUUAUUUUACCUUCACUGGUUUUCCAAAAAUGUUCUUUUGGUUGGUGAAUUAUUUCACAAAAAAAACUCACUUUUAACAUACCAACAAUUUAUUUUGAAAUGUGGAACUAUUUCUCACAGUGCAUUUAAUAUUGUUAUACAGUAAAUGCGAUCUCUAAUGAAGUCAUUAUGCUAUUUUAAAGUUUGGCAAGUCAGAACCCGAGUUUAGAAAUAUCUAUUGAUCCAACCAAAACUGAAACUGGUGAGAUUUGUUUCCCUUUAAGGUGCAACAAUAAUCGUAAUUUAUGCACAUUAUUUCAAAAAGAUGUUGCAUCAAUUCCAUAUGUAGUUUAUUAUUAGAAUAAUCUUGUUGAUAAUCUUGACUGGAAAAAAAAUUGGAAUUUAACUGCAAAAAAAUUUAUGAACAAUAAAAUGAAAGAAGUACUGCGAUUGGCUAGCAACCAGUUCCAGGUGGACUCCGCCUCCUGACACGAUGAUAGCUGGGAUAGGCUCCAAGCACUCCUGCGACCCUUGUGAGGAUAAGCGGCUAAAAAAAUGGAUGGAUGGAUGGAUGGA